AUGGCUUCUACCACCUGCACAAGAUUUACGGACGAAUACCAGCUUUACGAAGAGCUGGGGAAGGGCGCGUUCUCCGUGGUGCGACGCUGCAUGAAGGAUUCCACUGGGCAAGAAUACGCCGCCAAAAUAAUAAAUACCAAAAAGCUCUCUGCCCGCGAUCACCAGAAACUUGAGAGAGAGGCUCGGAUCUGUCGUCUGCUCAAACAUCACAAUAUUGUGCGGCUCCAUGACAGUAUAUCAGAGGAGGGCUUCCACUACCUGGUAUUUGACCUAGUGACGGGAGGCGAGCUCUUUGAGGACAUCGUGGCCAGAGAAUACUACAGCGAAACAGACGCCAGCCAUUGCAUCCAGCAGAUCCUUGAGGCCGUGCUGCACUGUCACCAGAUGGGCGUGGUCCAUCGGGAUCUCAAGGUGAGUGCCUGUCUCUUACUCAGAGCUAACUGA